AUGGCGUCCAUUCUCGUCUUCGUGAUAUUAUCUUGCAUUUUCCUCGUGCGCGCUGAUGACUGCGAUUGUAAACAGGACAAGUCGAUACAAGAGGCCGAAGAGAUGAUCAAGUUUUUGAGGCAUCUACCGUCGCAUCUAGAUAAGGAGCAACGGUAUCCCGUCGUCCCGGGGGAACUGGCUCCCCUCGUACCAUGCGCCAACUGCAUCGCGAAGAACAGGAGGAAGAGGACAGUCCGGGGUAUACCCGGACACGGGUGCCCGGUGGAUUUUAUCCGGCUGGGCAGGAUCUGUGUUAAUGGAAGGAGGUUUGGCGUUGUGCGUUAUUAA